GCGGGAGUUUAUCGCUGAGCGAGCGACCGACCGACCGACCAUGUCUGGCCGCGGGAAGCAGGGCGGGAAGGCGCGCGCCAAGGCCAAGUCGCGCUCGUCGCGGGCCGGGCUGCAGUUCCCCGUGGGCCGCGUGCACCGCCUGCUGCGCAAGGGCAACUACGCGGAGCGGGUGGGCGCCGGCGCCCCGGUGUACCUGGCGGCCGUGCUGGAGUACCUGACGGCCGAGAUCCUGGAGCUGGCGGGCAACGCGGCCCGCGACAACAAGAAGACGCGCAUCAUCCCCCGGCACCUGCAGCUGGCCAUCCGCAACGACGAGGAGCUCAACAAGCUGCUGGGCAAGGUGACUAUCGCGCAGGGCGGGGUGCUGCCCAACAUCCAGGCCGUGCUGCUGCCCAAGAAGACUGAGAGCCACAAAGCCAAGAGCAAGUAAACCGGGCCCGGCGAAGCGUCCCUAGUACAG